AUGAUAUUAGCUAUUUAUGGCAUAUUCUUUGAAAUAUUCUCAGUUAUCCUAACUUGUCUCACAAUUCAGCGAUUAAAGAAAUUCACAACAGAUCAUGAAAAGAAGUUGAUAAUUGUGACGUCAUCGCACACUUUCAUCGCUUUCGUUUAUAUUAAUUACGAGCUUGCAAUGGUCUUCAAGUUUACUGGCCCAUUUUUUCAACUUAUUCUUGAUUAUCACACGACUGUUGGCUAUUUGUUUUUGUGUUUUAUUUUUUGCACGAUUUUGAUUGCUGAUUCGAGAGUUAGGAAGGAUUUUGUGAGCGUGUUUAGGAUGAGAAAUGAGCAUGUUGUGAUGGCGGUUUGGAGUUCGGAUACUUGA